UCCGUUACCAUAGUGAAAGGAAGCGCCUGUAGUCUGCAAAGUGUUCUCACGUUGCAAGUUCAUGUGUUCUUUAUAUUAUACUGUAACAAUGUAUUUUUAAACGUAAUGUUAAUAUCUUAACAUGUCUCAAAAAACAGUCUGUCGGCAAGAAACAGGAGAUCCCAACAUUAUUGGAAUUGACUACGCUCGUCUAGAGGCUCUAUGCAACAUAUCCGGGCUUGAAUGCAGCGGCGAUGAGAAGACUAGUGAGGAGGCCCACAGAGCAUUCAUGAACUCUUACCAGCAGAUUUUCAUCCGGGCUCCGAAGCCACUGCCUCGAAUACCCUGGCCUGAGGAAAAUAAACCUGUGGCAGAGAGGGAGAAGCAGGAUGAAACACAGAAAAAGAAGCCACUGGGCGCUAGGCGCAAGCUGCCAUCCAGCAGACCAUUCCAUGAGUCCAAGGUCAGCCAGAUGAUCAAAGCUGCAAAGAAGUUUCCUGUUGAGCGUUCACAGUUGGAGCAACAGCUGAUCCAUUCUGCGCUGAAGUUGUUUCCCGUCCUGUUAGAGCAGAUUGACCCGGCAGAACUGCGCGAUAUCAGCAGAAUUGUCAUGAUAGAGAGCUGGGAUCGUGGCCGCAUCAUGUUUGGGGAGGGUGGGUUUUUCAUAGUGCUCAGGGGCUCGGUGAUGCCAUAUAGCGAUGCAAGCUCUCCUGAGGAAGAGAAAGCAGAGAUUGGGGCAGGUGGAUGCUUUGGCUCACUCGAGGAGUCCAGCAGCGCGGAGGUGAUCCGCUGUGUCCGAACUCUGCAGCCCUGCGAGAUCCUCAAGAUACCCCACGCUGGCUAUGCCAAACUGAGACAGGAGCUUCAGGGACAGAACUUCGCGCUGCGGGAGCGACUGGUCCAGCGCUGCAGCUUCUACCUGAGCUGGCCCAGGUUCUCUGUCCACAAAGUGGCUGACCUCAUACAGAUCAAGAAUUUCCCUGCCAAUCACGUGCUGGUGAAGGAGGGGAAGAUCUGUCAGUUUGUGGCCUACAUCCAUCAGGGAGAGUGUAAUAUCCUGCAGGACAUUGGGACUCUCAUGAAACCAUCGAAGAAGGGCCGUUUCAACUCUAUAUCUGUGGGGCAAUUGGGUCCUUUUGAGUCCUUUGGAGAGGUGAGUGUCCUGAUGGACCAGCCUUCUCCCUGCACCAUCGUCACUCACACACCCGUGCAGGCAGGGAUCAUAACUCCUGACAAACUACAAGAGAUGGAUUCUGUCACCAGGACUCUUAUGCUGCAGUCGGCAAAACCCACUUGUGGAAAACUUACCGAGGAGGAGAUCAGUAAGCAGUACAUGCGUCAGGAGCAACAGAGAGAGUGGGAACAAGUGAAGAAAAAGGUGUUGUCAGACAGCCUGUUCUACAAUGGGAUCCAGCAUGGAGUAGGAAAGUGGACUGUCAACAGAAGCCAUAAGAUGAAGCACUGAACACUUGAGGGACUACACAUACAUGCAACACACACACACACAUACACAGACUCACACAUAGACACACACACAGACAAACACAUACUUAGACUCACACAUAGACACACACACAGACAAACACAUACUUAGACAAACACAUAGACACACACACACACACACACACACACACACACACACACACACAAGAUUUUUUUUCACAUCAUGUAUUUUCCCCCUCCUUGUAACCAAGGUAUUUUCUCAUAGCUUGGACCUUGCCCUGUUAAUCCCAACAGUGUUAAUAAACUCAUUAGAUGUCU